CCAAUCCAACUAAUAUUCCAAAAUGGCGGACGUUAAUGUCUGAUUUAUCGAAUCGACGACAAUUACCAGACAAAACAAGUUAAUUUUCUCGUGUUCCUGGCGUCGUUGUCAUCCUGGAAGUCAGUGCUACAUUUACCUACGUUGAUACCUUUGUAAAUCAUCAAACUGUGGCCGCAACAGCAGACUAUGGGCUCCAAGAAGCACAAAAAACAUAAAAGAGAACGACAAGAAGGAUUAUUGACUACGUUUUCACCCCGGACAAACUGAGAGUGAGGUUGGAGUAGAAGUUAGAGGACCUCCUAUCACCGGACAAACCACCAGCUCUCAAACUAAUUCUAAAAGUUGGUGGCAGCACUGGAACCCCUGAAUACGGUAACGAGUCCCCUAACCAAUCAGCGAUGCUAUCCCAGCAGUACCAACAGCUGGGUAUGAACUACUCAGUCACCCAGAAUGACACCGAUUACGACAGGUACCUGGUGGGUCACAAAAAGCUGAAGAAAAAAAAGAAGAAAAAGGACAAACGUCACAAACAUCAUCACAAGGACAAAAAACGUAGACGCGAGGAGUCAUCCCAGGAGUCCGUUGGUGAUGCUGAUGAGACCCUCAUCGAUAAUCCACCGAAGGUACCUCACCUAGUGCCAGCAAAGCCACCACCAAGCAGUUCAUCACCUCAUCGUGAGCCAAGAACUUGUGUUUUGAAGAAAAUUGCUGAGAAAACACCUCUUCAGCGACUUCUGGAGCAUCUCCUCAGGUCGAUGGAGAAACGUGAUCCCCAGCAGUUCUUUGCCUGGCCUGUCACCGACAAUUUCGCCCCAGGAUAUUCCCAGAUUAUCACUAAUCCCAUGGACUUCAGUACCAUAAACAAGAAAAUUGAGGAUAACGUCUAUGGGAACGUCAACGACUUCGUCGAGGACUUCAAGCUCAUGUGUGAUAAUGCGAUGGUGUACAAUCAUCCGGAGACGAUAUACUAUAAAGCUGCGAAGAAGCUCCUGCACGUUGGCCUCAAGAUGGUGACACAUGAUAAAUUGAGGCAACUUCGACCUGUUUUGACGUACAUGCACGACAUACCCAGGGAGGAGCUGGGAUUCGAACUUGGGGUUGAGGAUCCCAACAAUCCCGACGUCCUCAUCACCGAGGAGCAGAUCGAGAAGGAGCGAGAGCUCGAGGAGAGAAAUGAAGAGGCUGAGGAGCUCAGGAAGGAGCACCAGAGGAAAAUACGACUCGCUAAUUUGGGAAAAUUCGAGGCAAUUCCUGAUGAUCUCACACCAGAUGACAUCCUCAAGCAGGCGAGGAGUGCUGCCAAGAAUGUCGCUGAUAAACUCUCAGUGAAGAGGUACAACUCGAAGAUGGGAUUUCUCAGGCAGAAGAAAGAUGGCACCACUAGUCUACAGAUCAUCGUUCACGGGGAUGGUAUCAUUCCUGGGACCAAUCAGCGACCAGUUUCACUGGGCCAGUUGAUCGGAAAGUUGAGUCAUGGUACAGGAUCACUUGCUGGGUUCAGGGAGGAUCGCAGGAAUAUGUCGAAGCCGGUAAAGCCGCUGUACUAUGGGGCCUUUGGGUCUUAUGCCCCGAGUUAUGACUCGACAUUUGCGAAUCUUACGAAGGAGGAGACGGAGCUGGUGUACUCGACCUACGGUGAUGACACUGCGGUGCAAUACGCUGAGUCGAUACUGGAUUUUGCGAAGGAUUGUGAUUACACGCUGACGAUGGUGGACGAUCUGCUGGAUAUAUUGACGAGUGGGGAUCACAGGAAGACGAAGAAACUGCUGGAGGAGAAGAGGAGGCUGAAGGAGGAGGAGGAGAAGAUCAAGCAUUUGUUGGAGAAGCAUCAGGAGGUUAGGGGGAGUCCUGGUGAGGGGCUGAAGGUUGAUGUUGAACAACUGAGGACACUCUCGGAGCUGGGGAUUGAUGUUAAUUUUUUGGAGGAGUAUGAAGAAGAAUUGAAGUCCACCGAAGAGCGUCUGGCCCUCCAGACCCGUCUCGACGACACCUCCCAACUACUCGGCCGUCUCCGUCAGGUCCAGCACGAUCGUUUAUCAGCCCCACUCCCCACCCACCUCUCCAACGUCCCAAAAGCCCCACAAGUCGAAGCAGCCCUCGCUGAGAAGAUCACCGACAGUCUCACGACAAUCGCCAAGAAAUUACCACCGUCGGCCAUUGCUCCCGUCGACGGUCUUCGUCGGGCCAUGGGAAUAGCACCAGUCGGUGGACCAGAACCAAUGGAGGUCGAGGCCAUCACUCACAACCCCACGAUCAUCACUGAAAAUCCCCUCUUACCCCACAUCAACAGCAAUCAGGUCACCAACAUGAUGCCCUCCACACCCUCCAUGCAGACCAUCAUCACAUCAGGCAGCCAGACAAACCCGAUCAUCGGUAUCUCCAGCCAAUCACAGGCCCCAAUGCAGAUACAAAUUGGUUUACCUCAUAAUGGGUCUGGUCUGCUCGUCUCCACUGACUCCACUGGAGUCCCGGACCUGGAGUCAGAGCUGAGGGAGUUCCUGGAGAGUGAUCCGACCCUGGGGCACUCGCCCCUUCACGAUGACAAGACUCUGGAGGACAUUUUGUCGGAGUCUUAACAGCUGAUGCCCUGAGGGUGCGAUAAUCGAGGGGAAAAUGUCACUUUAGGGAUGAAAAAUUGGAUUUUCGUGGGUCUGGGGAGGGGGUUGUGAGGA